GAUCAAUAACGAAGUAGCAAACUGACAUGUUCAGUCAAUCUAUGCUAUUUUGUGCAACGAAGUAAGAUUGAACAAACAAGUUGUAUUCGGCGUACAUUUUUUCUUCAAUCUUAAUCACCAUUUUGCUAUUGGAAGCUUUAAAGUCAAUUAGUAUUGCUCUUGGAUUUAGUCAAUUUCUGUUGCAUCUUGCGAAAAGAUGUGGUACAGUAAGUCAGUGAAGAUGGUUCAAGCGUUCUCGGUGCUCGCGGUCUUGGCCUUGUGUUCAUGUUCGAUCCAAGCUACCCCGACUGGUGGGGAAGCCGACUCCAAACUGGAAGUAGUAACUGAAUCCAACAAUUAUGCUACCGAUGAGUUCGAUUGGAGCUACCAAUUGAGCGAUGGCCGAGAAGUGCGAUCGAAUGCUUAUAAGAAGCGCUUGGAUGAUGGCCGUGAGGUUUUGGUGAUCAACGGAUUGUACAGCUAUGUUGCACCCAAUGGGGUCAAGUACACAGUUUCCUACUAUUCUGACGAAACUGGAUAUCAUCCAACUAUUAUCGUGGGAGACGAGCCACUAUACCCGGAAGCACCACCACCAUUUGCCAUCGAUCCGAAACUAUUAGCUUCAUUGGUCGGUUAACGUGAUGAGCGAAAGGCGAAUUUAUUUAGCCGUAAUUUACGCUAUUUGUAUUUUUUCAAUAAAAUGUUCAUACGACGUAUUGUUUAUGAUUUCAAAAGCGGAUAAACACACAAAUUAGCUCUCUUUUUUCCACUAUUCUACGGCAAGCACACGCUUGUUAUGUUUUUAUUUUAAUGGUUGUAAAAGAAUGGGAUUACAGCAUACCAUCAUUUUACCAUCAAUG